GCUCAAGCUGUCAGUUGCAAAUCAACACCGAUGACCUUUGUGCGCGAAUUUUUGUUUGGUGUCGCAAUUCUAAUGAAGAUCAUUUAAAGUAAAUUUUUCGGGAAAUAAUUCAUGUUUUAAUCCAAUAACACGCUGAUCUGGCUGGCUUUGUCAUUAUUCAUACGGAAACUUCCCUCGAUUUGUGCAGUCCACCAUGACCGCUAUUUCCAGUUUGCAGAAUUUUGUCACCGACGCCCUCGAGUGCACCCAGUUCCGAUUGAUUCGGGAUGAUGCUGACUUUGAGGACGAAUCGGUCGCGUUCCACCCGGAGAUGGCUCAUCAGAUAUUCGGGGAACAGGAAAGCAUCUUCGGAUACCGGGAUCUGCAGAUCGAUGUGUGCUUCGCGGCCAGUUCGCUAGAUAUUUAUUUCAACAUCAAAUACUCGAAGAAGGUUGAUGAGGUAUGUUCCGAAGGAGUUAAGCCCGACGACGUUGAAAAGGCUCUGGCCGAAAUAGUAGAAGAUGGCUGCUAUUACACCAACCUGGAAGAGUACAAGAAAGUGGUUAAAGCUAAAACCGAAUCGUUCAAACCAUUCGGCGAGAAGGUCGAUGAGUUCCAAAUAAGUUCCGGAACUGCGGACGGCGGAACUCGAACCUUUGAAGUGUACGUGAGUGACGUGAAUGACAAGGAAUUCCUAAAGUUCCACUCCCGUCUUGAGUCGUUCUCGUUCUGGUUCAUCGAUGCUUUCAGCCGGGUGGAACACGACCCUUUGUGGUUGUUCUUCAUGGUCUACGAGAAAUAUUCGAACAACAAUAACGAAACUCGUUAUGCUACGGCUGGGUAUUUUACCGUUUAUCAGUAUUUCUCGUAUCCGCAAUUCAUUAGGCCACGCGUCAGCCAAAUUCUGGUGCUGCCUCCAUUCCAAAAGCUGGGCAUCGCUUCUCGGUUGAUCGAGGAGACAGUGUUCAAAUACUUUGUCCCUAAAGAGAACGUUGCCGAUAUCACUUACGAACAGCCGACCGAUAUCGUCCAGCAUAUUCGAUCUGUGUCCGAUGCCAAGCGCUGUAUGACGCUUCCAUCGUUUGCCAAGGAGCAUCUGCUGGCUGGCUUUUCGAAGAGUAUGCUCAGAGACGCCAAGGAAAAGUUCAAAAUCAAUCCCAAACAGUGCCGGGUUAUCUAUGAGAUUCUUCGGUUGGGAGUCACCGAUCUUAAAAAUGAAACCGAGUACCGCAAGUACCGGGUAGAGGUGAAGAAACGACUGAAUCUGAACGACAGUAAGAACCGUCGUGAGCUGAUGCGGCUGCAGAAGAAGGGAGUGGAUGUAAGUGGAGCUUUUAGUAUCCUUCCGUCGCUUGAGGACAGAAUAGAGCAGCUGCACGCUGCUUACAAGGAAGUGGAAAAAGUAUACCACCAGGUGUUGAAGAAGAUAAAUUCUAUUCGCGAGUAAGCAAUGAUCCAUGUAGAUUUCCUGAUACAUCUCUCUUUCUAGAAGGAGUCUAUUACAUCUCAUAUGUUUCUGUUUAAGGGUCCUUUGUUUUAAAUUCUUAAUUUGUACUAUUAAACUCUAUGUUAUGCGUAAAUAAAGCACAAGUGUAUGAAAAAUU